UAGUGAAUGCGGGGUCCGGGGAGAGCGGAUAUAGUGAAUGCGGGGUCCGGGGAGAGCGGAUAUAGUGAAUGCAGGAUCCGGGGAGAGCGGAUAUAGUGAAUGCGGGGUCCGGGGAGAGCGGAUAUAGUGAAUGCAGGAUCCGGGGAGAGCGGAUAUAGUGAAUGCAGGGCCCCGGGGAGAGCGAUAUACGGAUGUAGUGAGUGCAGGGGGUCCGGGGAGAGUGGAUAUAGUGAAUGCAGGGUCUGGGGAGAGCGGAUGUAGUGAGUGCAGGGUCCGGGGAGAGUGGAUAUAGUGAAUGCGGGGUUCGGGGAGAGGA